AUUUUUAAAAUUUUAAUUUUUUCAAAACAUUUUAACUUGAUUCAACAUUUCACUUUAAUUUUAAACUUUUUUUUUAACAAUUUCAAUUUCUUCUUUUACAAACUUACCUUCUAAUCAGAAGUACCCUUACCAAAUGCAACUUAGCUUGCACUACAAAAAUGAUCUUAUUGGCGAAAUGAACCGCGCAUUUUUAAAACGUUUUAUAUUAUACAUAUAAAGUACUUUAGAUGGACAAGUUUUAUUCUACAAAUAGAAGCAUUUUUGUCGCGCAAGCGCAGUUGCGUUUGGUGAGGGUACCUGGCAGCUCUGGUAACCAAGACCUUUUCUUUUCCUGCAAGCUCUACCAGGAAAAACCCAUGCUUCAAAACAUACAGUGAAGUUCGUUUGUCUCGAGACAUAGAAAGCCGACUUACUCGCUCAUGAAUCCUUAUAAAAACUCUUCGACCAAAGACAACGGUUGUUUUACAUUUUUCAACGAAAUGUCUUUUCAUCUUAAGAUCAGUUUUGUACAUCUUGAAACUAUGGCAGUUGCCUUAUCAUGGCCGGACUAUAUCGUCAUUGGAAUAGUCUUAGUUAUUUCCAGUAUCAUAGGAAUUUAUUAUCGGUUUACUGGAGGUCGACAAAAGACUGCAGAGGAAUAUUUUUCUGCUAAUCGAUCGAUGAGCGUUGGGCCUCUUGCCAUUGCAUUGACAGUUUCUUUCAUGUCAGCAAUUUCUUUUCUUGGAGUCAGUGCUGAAAUUUAUACUCGAGGAACACAAUUUACGAUGUGGUAUGCAGGAUUUGCUUUUGGAACUCCAAUUGUUUCUUAUUUUUAUCUUCCAGUUUUCUGGGAACUUGAAACUAAAAGCGUUAAUGAGUACCUAGAAAAGCGUUUUGGUCCUACAUCCAGGAGAGUGGCAAGUGUAGCAAAUGCUUUUCAACUAAUUUUGUAUACUGGAGUAGUGUUAUAUGCUCCAUCACUGGCCUUGGAAGCAACAACAGGUCUCUCAAGAACUUUGAGCAUUCUUUUCAUUGGAAUUAUAUGCACAUUCUACUCAACAAUUGGCGGUAUCAAAGCUGUCCUAAUUACUGAUGUUUUCCAAGGAAUGCUAAUGUUUGCUGCACUUAUUAGUAUCCUUGGAGUUGCGGCUUAUGAAUUGGAUGGGGGACUGACUAAUGUGUGGUCAAUUGCAGACAAGGGUCAAAGAAUUGAAUUUUUUGAUUUUCGAUUUGAUCCUACAAUUCGUCACAAUUGGUGGGGAUUGACAUUUGGAGGCAUAAUUGUGUGCGUGAGCUUUUACGGCACAAGUCAAAUACAAAUACAACGUUUAUUAACUGUAAAGAGUCUAAAAGAAGCUCGUCUAGCUUUAUAUUUGAAUUGGCCUCUUAUGAUGGCUUUGGGUUCAUUGAUAGCUUUUUCAGGCUUAGUUCUCUAUGCAGUAUACGAAAACUGUGAUCCUGUCUUAUCUGGAGAGAUAGAUUCUUAUGAUAAAAUUAUGCCAUACUUUGCCGUGGAUAAAAUGUCAAAAUUUCCUGGACUGAUGGGCGUUUUUAUAGCAGGUAUCUUCAGUGCAAGUUUGAGUACAAUUUCAGCAGUACUGAAUUCGCUGUCUGCCUUGAUUCUCGAGGAUUAUAUAAAACCAUUCUAUAUGAAGAGAGACAAAUCAUUGUCAGAUUCAAAAGUAACAUUCUUGGGGAAAUUUCUUGCAAUUGUGAGUGGCUUGGUUUGCCUCGCAGUGGCUUUCGUUGUGGGAAACUUUGGAAGCUUGAUUGAAGCGGCUAUUGCUUUCACAUCCGUAUUCACUGGACCUUUGUUAGGAGUCUUUACUCUGGGAAUGUUUACUGAGACAGCGAAUGAAAUCGGUACAUUAAUCGGAUUUCUCUCGUCAAUUUUCUUCAUGUUCUGGAUUAUAUUUGGUGGGCCACAUUUACCCUUACCACAUCUUCCAAUUAGCUCGGAAGGUUGCAAUAUCACCCUAUCAAACAACAGUACUAUUUUAGACGUUGUACAAGAUGAAUCUUCGAUAUUUUACCUGUAUCGGAUCUCAUACAUAUGGUACAGUCCUCUCGGUGCAAUAUCCACACUAAUUAUAGGGUGGAUUUUCAGUUUUAUUAUUUUUAGAAUUUCCACUGCUCAAAAAAGUAAUAAAAGAACUGAUCCAAGACUAUUCACGCCGUUCGUCGCAAACAGAAUCAAGAAAAGACUUAAUAAAAACAGCAAACCUAAUAGGCAUGUUUUUGUACUAGAAGGAGUCAAAUAAUCCAUUAAAAAUUUUACAUUACUAAAAUACCUUCCUACGAAGAUUGUCAGUUUUCGCAGCAAGAAUCUCUGACAAAGCUUUUAAAUUUCAAUUCAAAUUCAUAAUGUACACCUCACUAAAGAUUCCUCUGGAAAUUCGAGAGACGAUGGAUACGAUGAAGUGUAAUUUAAAUUUUUUUUCAUAAGAAGGUCUUUAUGAUUUCUUCUGAACUUAUCAAUGAAAAGAAAAUUUUAAUUUAAGAUUAGUCUAUAAAAUAAGUCAGUACUGCCUGCUUACAUGUAAAAUUCUCCGAAAUCUGUAUUGCGUAAAUUCAGCAUUUGCUGCUUUAAAAAUGUUGCAUAUUUAAUUAUUGAAGACUUCCUUUCUGCCUUCAAAUAAGAUUUUUUUCCACUGUGAUUGAUUCAACUCUUUUUGCUCACAGCAUAUUUUCAAAAGUCUCUACUUUUGUAACUAAGUCGAAUUAGAAGUAUAUACCUAUAUAAUUGCAUUUAUACCUGCAACUUUAGCCUCAGGCGAGAUGGAAAACUGCAGAAAAACUCUAUGUAUCAGGAAAUGAAUUGUGUGAUACGACUAAAAUUUCAAAAAUAAUGUUAAUAUUAUAAUUACCCAAAAUAUCUAAUAAAAGAUUGUGUGUGAGAACUUUUUCUGGAAAAAUUACAGUAUAGUCAUUAUUAAUUCAAGGUUGAUAAAUUACGUAAGACUUUAGGGGGAAGGGAGUCGAGCUAUUUUUUACGAUGAACAGAAAAAAUGGCGCUAAUAUAUGUAACAUUUAUCUUACAUGGAGGAAGGGUAAAAUUUCCAAAAUGAUGUCUUACGUAAUUUACGGACGGCCCCUAAUGAUAAACUGAAGGUCGUCAUUGUCAACAAGUAUAACCAGACAAAGAUGCUUCCGCGUAGAAAUUUAAAUCAGGCCAUCAUAGGUUUCGGAUAAGGUUGCCUUCUUCUUCUUCUUCUUCUUAUUAUUAUUAUUUUAGGGUGAGAGAAGAUGAGAAGAUGUUUUCAUUUUAUUACAGAUAUGACGCAUGUACAUACUAUACACUCUUUGUAGAAACUGACGUAAAAACAAGAGAAACAAAAUGAAAACUCACAUAAAACAAUUUAUAAAUAAAUGUCACAUUUAUAUGUAGAAAAAAUAUAUUAUUUAAAUUAAUUUCAACUAUAAUUAAUUAGAAUUUUAAAGAUACCUGAAAAAAUUGAUAGAAAAAGUUUAGUUUCGGGUACAUCUGUAUGUUAUGCUAAUAGGGCAACUUAAAAGGGGCCUUACAAAAACCGUGAUAUUUAUUAAUAAGAUUAUUUUACGACAGUUUCUACACGGGUCGUGUAAUAUAUGCGUCAGAUCUAUAAAAAAUUAAUAUCAUCUCAUCUAUAUUCUUAUUACAAAUGCAGUCGGUAAAAAGUGGAAAUAAACCUAUUUAAAUAUUGUGGCUUGAUUUUAAAUAAGUGCAUAUAAAAGUAUGGAAGAUGUUUUAAACUAAAGGCACAAUAUUUAAACGAACUUAUUCUUACUUUUUACGAACCUAUACCAGUAUGUUUAUGAAGAUGCUACUGGA